UAUCGGAACACGGGUGAGAAAAACAAGAGUGGGAGUUUCACGCGCAAUCGCUGCUAGGUUUAUUAAAGCAACUUUCCAUAAAACACUGAAGUGCUCCAAAGGAGAAAAUGGAGAAAGACAACCUUUCACUGGUCUUGCACAGUAAAGACGAUCUAAGGCUGGAGCAACGUCCCAUACCAGAGCCUGGAGCUGAUGAGGUUUUACUUCAGAUGCAUUCAGUGGGGAUCUGCGGCUCUGAUGUGCACUACUGGCAGCAUGGACGGAUUGGGGACUUUGUCCUUCAGAAGCCGAUGGUCCUGGGCCAUGAGGCAGCAGGGCGAGUGGUUAAAGUGGGAUCUGCAGUCACUCACCUCAAACCAGGUGACAGGGUGGCUAUUGAACCUGGAGUUCCCAGAGAAAUGGACGAGUUUUUCAAAUCUGGACGCUACAACCUAUCACCCACCAUAUUCUUCUGUGCCACACCACCUGAUGACGGGAACCUCUGCAGAUACUACAAACAUAACGCCAAUUUCUGCUACAAGCUUCCUGAUAAUGUGACUUAUGAGGAAGGGGCUUUGAUUGAGCCGCUCUCUGUGGGGAUUCACGCAUGCAGGAGAGCCGGAGUUACUCUGGGAAGCUCUGUGUUCAUCUGUGGAGCAGGACCGAUCGGCCUGGUCACCCUGUUGGUAGCUAAAUCCAUGGGAGCCUCUCAAGUGCUUAUAAGCGACCUCUCCGCUGAUAGGCUGGCCAAGGCAAAAGAGCUUGGUGCUGACUUUCUUUUUCCUGUUAAGAAAGAGGAUAUACCACAGGAAAUGGCCAAACGCGUGGGAGGCAUCCUGGGGGGCAUGCCUCACAUCACAAUAGAGUGUACUGGUGUUGAGAGUAGCAUCCAAACUGCAAUCUUUGCCACGCGCUCUGGAGGUGUAGUAGUUUUGGUUGGACUUGGUGCUGAAAUGACCACAGUGCCUCUCGUUAACGCUGCUGUCAGAGAAGUGGACAUCCGAGGCAUGUUCCGCUACUGCAACACGUGGCCUAUGGCUAUUUCUAUGCUGGCAUCAAAGCGUGUGAAUGUAAAGCCUCUGGUCACACACCGCUUUCCAUUGGAGCAAGCUGUGCAGGCGUUUGAGACGACUAGACAAGGCAUUGGGAUCAAAGUCAUGCUGAAAUGUGACAAAAAUGACCAGAACCCAUAAGAAAUGGAGGAAAUGAAAUUCUUCCUCAUAAAUAAAGCAAUUUAAACUGA